UUUUAUUUCCAUCUCUAGUAUUCAUCUGUUGCUUCAACUUCUCGCGAGUUUAUUUUUGUUUUCCUCUACGGUUUUGUGUUUUUCUUUAUUUUUAAAAAUACUAUAAACCAAUUCAAGGAUUUCCAAGAACAGGAAACAUCGGACAAAGGCUUAACACAAUGGUGUGAAGGGUGGGACAAACUAUAAGGAGGAGGAUCGGAACUCCAAAAAAUAAAGGAGCGGCAUUGGAGUUUUCAAGUCUCCAUUUAAGUUUACUAUUAAGUCUUUAAAAUUGUCGCAAAUGAAAAAUAUGGAACUGUUACUACUUUGCAUCGUUGUAUUCAUCGGAGGCACUGCCUCAAGUUUGGCCAAAUUUAGUAGCACAACGCCGGCAAGCGUGAAAAAAUCGGACGUGGAGCUGGAGGCCAUUAAUGGUACCCUCAAUUUCCGCCUCUACGCCAAACAGGGAAAAGACGACAAGCCCUGGUUUGAUGGCCUCGAUAGCAGGCAAAUCCAGUGCGUCCGGCGAGCUCGCUGCUAUGCCACCACCAACCUCACCAACACAUGCUUCGGCUCCAAGUUCCCACACGAGAUGAGCAGCCUCGAUCUCACCGACUUCCACACCGAGAAGGAGCUCAACGAUAAGCUGAACGACUACCAAGCCCUCAAGCAUGUACCCAAGUGUUGGGCUGCGAUUCAGCCCUUUUUGUGCGCCGUCUUUAAACCAAAGUGCGAGAAUAUCAACGGCCAGGACAUGGUCUACCUGCCCUCCUACGAAAUGUGCCGGAUGACCCUGGAACCGUGUCGUAUUUUGUACAACACCACAUUUUUCCCGAAAUUCCUGCGCUGCAAUGAAACGCUAUUUCCAGCGAAAUGCACAAAUGGAGCGCGAGACAUGAAAUUCAAUGUAACCGGCCAGUGUUUAAGUCCUUUGGUGCCGACUGAUACGGCUGCCAGCUACUAUCCUGGCAUCGAAGGCUGCGGAGUGAGGUGCAAGGAUCCACUGUACACGGACGAUGAGCAUCGCCAGAUCCAUAAGUUGAUUGCUUGGGCAGGUAGCCUGUGCCUGCUGUCCAAUCUCUUCGUGGUGGCUACGUUUAUUAUUGAUUGGAAGAAUGCCAACAAGUAUCCGGCUGUUAUUGUUUUCUACAUUAAUCUGUGUUUUCUGAUAGCUUGUGUUGGAUGGCUCCUGCAAUUCACUUCUGGAUCGCGCGAGGACAUUGUAUGUCGCAAGGACGGAACCCUGCGUCAUUCAGAGCCCACAACAGGCGAGAAUCUCUCCUGCAUCGCGAUCUUUGUGCUGGUUUACUACUUUCUCACAGCGGGAAUGGUGUGGUUCGUCUUUCUCACCUACGCCUGGCACUGGCGGGCAAUGGGUCAUGUGCAAGAUCGGAUCGACAAGAAGGGCUCGUACUUUCACCUGGUGGCCUGGUCACUGCCAUUAGUGCUAACGAUUACCACGAUGGCGUUCAGCGAGGUGGACGGAAACAGUAUCGUUGGCAUCUGCUUCGUCGGCUACAUAAAUCAUUCGAUGAGAGCGGGCCUGCUACUGGGACCUCUUUGUGGUGUAAUCCUCAUUGGUGGUUACUUCAUCACCCGGGGCAUGGUAAUGCUCUUUGGACUGAAGCACUUUGCCAACGAUAUUAAAUCCACAUCGGCCAGCAACAAGAUCCAUUUGAUAAUCAUGCGAAUGGGAGUAUGCGCUCUGCUCACUUUGGUUUUCAUUCUGGUUGCCAUUGCCUGUCAUGUCACGGAGUUCCGGCAUGCCAAAGAAUGGUCACUCAGCUUCAGAGAGUUUAUAAUCUGCAAAAUAUCGUCCGUUUUCGAGGAUAAAAGCACUUGUCUCAUCCAAAAUCGUCCUAGUGUGGGCAUCCUGCAGUUGCAUUUACUCUGCCUGUUUAGCUCUGGCAUUGUAAUGUCCACCUGGUGCUGGACACCCUCAUCCAUUGAGACUUGGAAGCGGUAUAUAAGAAAAAAGUACGGAAAGGAGGUCGUGGAGGAGGUUAAAAUGCCAAAGCACAAGGUUAUUGCCCAGACCUGGGCCAAACGAAAGGACUUUGAGGACAAAGGUCGACUCUCCAUAACUCUUUACAACACCCAUACCGAUCCCGUGGGUCUUAACUUCGAUGUCAAUGAUUUGAACUCCUCGGAAACCAAUGAGAUCAGCUCCACGUGGGUGCACUACCUGCCCCAGUGUGUUAAACGUCGCAUGGCAUUGACCGGGGCUGCCACGGCGAACUCCUCCAGUCAAGGACCUCGCAAGAACUCAUUGGACUCGGAGAUUAGUGUGAGCGUCAGGCAUGUAUCGGUGGAAUCCAGACGGAACUCUGUGGACUCUCAAGUUUCGGUGAAAAUAGCCGAAAUGAAAACCAAAGUGGCAUCCAGAUCGCGUGGAAAGCAUGGCAGUUCAUCGGGUAGUAAGAGAAAUCAGCGGAGAAGGGAUUACAUAGCAGCCGCUACUGGAAGGAGUAGCCGGCGACGGGAGAGCAGUACAUCGGUAGAGUCCCAAGUAAUUGCCCUCAAGAAGACCACCUAUCCGAAUGCUAGUCACAAAGUUGGCGUGUUUGCCCAUCACAGCUCUAAGAAGCAGCACAACUAUACCUCCGGUUCCAUGAAACGGAGAACUGCAAACGCCGGCCUUGAUCCCUCCAUCCUAAAUGAGUUUCUGCAGAAGAAUGGAAAUUUCAUCAUUCCCUUCCUUCAAAACCAGGACAUGAGCUCCAGUUCAGAGGGCGAGAACUCACAUGCGUCCCUCAAGAUCCAGGAUCUCAAUGUGGUUGUCAAGCAAGAGGAGAUCAGCGAGGAUGAGGAUGACCAAGAUGGACCACAGAUCGUGGAGCUGCCAAAUAGCAAGCAGGUGGCAUUGGAAAAUUUCAUAAAGAACAUGAAAAAGUCCAAUGAAUCCAAUGGCAACCGUCAUUCAAGAAACUCCACACGAAGUCGCCAGUCCCGAAAGUCGCGAAAGAGCCAUCCCAAGACUAGCACUGCCCUGGAAGCUCUAGACUAUAAGAGAGACUAUAUAAAGAGUCGUUCCAAUGAUUCCUUGAGCUUGUCUUCGGUAGAACUAGAUGUCGCCUUGGAUGGGGGCAGCCUGUUAAAUAGCUCCUAUUCCGGCAUGUCAAUGGGCAAGCCGCAUAGCCGCAACAGCAAGACCAGUUGUGACGUGGGCAUCCAGGCCAAUCCCUUCGAACUAGUACCCGCCUACGGUGACGAGGAGCUUCAGCAGGCGAUGCGACUUCUAAAUGCGGCCAGCAGGCAACGAAACGAGGCAGCCAAUGAAGACUGUGGCGGCACAGAGUUACAGUCCCUCUUGGGACAUUCGAGACAUCACAGAGAGCCCACUUUUAUGAGCGAGUCCGACAAGCUCAAGAUGUUGCUGCUGCCCUCAAAAUAGACUCAACAACGAAAUACUCCGGAUGCAUUUACUUAAGUUUCUGAAACUCAAAUAGAAGGUCCUUUAAAGCUGUUUCUAAGAAUGAAAAGUAGCUGUUCUGGUUUAGGAUUCCCGUGCAUUUAUUAUUCUAAAAAAAAACAAUGCAUUUCAUGAAAAGUACAAACUACUUUUUGUAACACCAAAGUUCAAAGAUAUUACUACAGUUUACACUCUAUAGGGAAAUCCCAUUCCUAUUUUCAAAUAUGGCUUCAUUUGUCUUUUGAACCCUUCUGUGAAAACAAAGAAAUUUGAUAGUUUUUUUUUUAGAAAUGAGAUAUUUUAUUUACUUAAAUAUUAAAGAAAAGUGAUAUUUGAUUAGUUUCAUGGAAUCAAAAGUGUCAAGU